AUGAUCAACCAGACCAGAUCAACACUUGGAGAGUAAAAAUAUUGAUAUGGACAAUAUAAACAUUAAGACAAUUUGCAGAACCUGCUUAAGUGAUAACGUACCAUUAAACAAAAUACAAGAAGCAGUUGUAUCUGUAGAAGACUCUAGAAAAUCUGUUUUAGAAGUAUUAAAUAUUGUCGGUGUGAUAGAGAUUGAUGGAAAUUUGCCUGAUUCAAUAUGUUUAUUAUGCAUAAAUAAACUAACUGAUUUGUAUAAAUUUAUAUUACAAUGUGAAAAUUCAAAUUUUUUAUUAAAACAAUAUAUAGACACCAAAAGUGAAAAUGAUAAUGCAAGAGUUUUAAUAAAAUUUGAACUAGAUAGUAAUAAUGCAAAUGAUUACAAUGAAUCUUCUAAUGACUUACCCACUGGAAGAGAAAAAUCCAAGGAAAAAAAGAAAUUAAGUCAAAAAAAAAUUGUCAGUAAGGAUGAAAACUCAAAAUCAUUAUUUUGUAGAUUUUGUAAUAAAUAUUUUAAGAACAAGUACAUAUUAGCCCUGCACAAUAAACGCCAUGGAGAAAAAGAACAAAUUUUUUGUGCAAUUUGUGAAAAAAAAUUCAAGUCCAAAACAUAUUUGUCUAAACAUAUUAAGGAAGUUCAUAAGGAUAGUAAUAAUACAUCAGAUAAUUUUGAUGACAUAAGUACGAAUAUAUGUAAUAUCUGUAAUAAAACAUUUAAAUCCAAAUAUAUUUUGACAGUACACAAAAAGCGACAUGUUCACAAAGGACAAUUUUUGUGUACAAUUUGUGGAAAAGGUUUUAAUUCCAAGGGUUGUCUCAAUCGGCAUAUGAGAGUUCAUACUGGUGAAAAAAAUUAUGAAUGUGAAGUUUGCAAAAAGAAGUUUCCAUCUUCAAAUAAUUUGAAUCUUCAUUCUCGAAUUCACAGUGGCAUUAAACCAUAUCUAUGUACCAUUUGUGGAAAGUCAUUUACUCAUCCAACAGGUUUCACAUACCAUCUUCGAACUCAUACUAAGGAGAAAAAUUAUUCAUGUGAGUUCUGUGGAAAAGCGUUUGCUAUUCAAUGCCACCUUGACAAUCACAGGAAGAUUCAUACAGGUGAACGACCUUUUCCAUGUACAAAGUGUGAGAAAGCAUUUAUAAAGAAAGUGGAUUUGCAAAGACAUGAAGCAGUACAUUCAGGAGUCAAACCAUAUGUGUGUACAAUAUGUGAAAAAGAAUUUUUAAGGCCAUUGCAUUUAAAUUAUCACAUGAUGAUCCACACUGAAGAAAGACCUCAUAAAUGUUCAGUGUGUGGGAAAGGUUUUAUAAGGCGGUAUUAUUUGAAAGAUCAUAUGAUAAAGCAUCACAAUUUGACUAAUUCAGUAUCACCAGAGGAUAACGAACACUGUAAAGAUUGUAUGGUUAUCUAGUCACAUACAGCUAAUUUAUGGAACUACGGAUAAAAAAGUGCCUAUAACGAUAUAAGGAGUUGAUUCUCAAUAUUUUAAGACAUUUAAGAAACAGUUUUAAAUAUUUAUGAAACAAAGUAACAAAAUUUGAACAUCUAUAAAGUAUAAUUGGAUCACAAUUCUAGGAAGAAUAUAAUUAUGCUGCCAUAACAGUAUUAUUGUAUUUGCCAUUGCAUUGAAUGUAAAGACUAUUUUAUGAUUUAUGUAAUGAUGUGCAAUGACAUUCUGAGAAAAGAAAGUAAGUUCACAGAACUUGCCUAUUUAUAAUGUAUCCUUUUGUUGUAAUAAAUUGCAAAAAUUAGGAGCUGAUUUCACUCAUAAAAAUAAUUUUAUACAUUCCUAUGACACUAUUAAAAGAGUUACAUAAUCUUAAAGUAA